CUCUGAGAAAUCACUUUGCCAACUCUACAGCCUGCUGUUCUUGCAUGCAGUGACAAACCGAGUUGGUGAAUUCAAUCUUGGCCUCCUCCCAUAUAACAACAAGAAGCUAUUUGGUAUCCAAAGCUGAAGCGGAAGCCACUGCACAUGGAUGAGACUCGGGAGGGAUGCGCGACUCGAGCUAACGUGGCAGGGGGUGGGAGUUAUGGACAUGGAGUAGAAGACAGCGGCGCGACUGUUCCCAGGAGACCGCCCUAAUAAAUGCCCGCCUUGAAGAAUCCAAGGCGGCCAAGCGAGGGAACGGUCGAGAUCCUCGCAGUCGGCGAUCCACUUCUAAUGGACGAGUAGGAUUCGUCGAUCCACCCCGUUCCGUCGUCUUCUUCAUGCUUAACGGCGGGGUUGCGGGCGCGGGUGGCGGUGCUUUGCCCCUGUCCUCUGCGACUAUUUACGGCAGCGCCACCGCGGGUUCGCCAUUCCCGAGGCGAGCCAUGGCCAGCGGACGCAGAAGAAUCUCUGGGAAACCCACCCGCACACGCUUCCCCUCACGGCGAAGACCGCAUCGCCUGCUUUCGCCCCUCGACACCGAGCCUAUUUACCUGUCUGCCACCCCCAUCAUCGCUCUGCCACGCCUGUUUCUGCCUGGUUUGGUUGUUUCUGCUGCCAUGAUCAGACAGGGCUCAGGUGUCAGACCGCUGUUUCUUGAGAAAGCAAUGGGCUGCCUUCUCCUUCCCCGGAGGACUCCUAGGUGAGUUCUUUUGCUCGGUUGGUGAUGGGCUAGCUUUGUUUCAGUACCGUGGAAAAUGGAGGGCUUUUGGGGGAUUUUGUCGUCUGCUUCCGAGCCGUUGUGCUUUCAGGAGAAACGAAAUGGAAUGGAACAGGAAGAGUAACAUCUUCUUUUUAUUCCCUCGAGUUAAUUGGUUAGAUUGACGGGGUCGACAAUAUGACUGAGGCUCCACGGCAUUCCGUGGACAUUCCUCUUUCAAAAACUCUAGUGGCACUAAAGAGAGUCAGAUCACUGAGGGAUCCAUCGACCAACUCGAUGAGCAAAUUUACUGCAGUUAUAGAGCACAUGAACAUUGGGGCCAAUUCUUUGAAUGUUCCUUUUGAGAUGAACGAUUCGAAUAAACACCAUGUUCUCCAGUCAGGAAAGUAUCAUCUGAAAGAAGAAAUUGAGGAUGUCCUAAGCAAUUCAGGCUCAAAUUUUAGUUCUAGAAUACCUAAUCCGAAGAGCACUUUCCCUGAGAAGAGUUGUGCGGUGAAAGUUCGAGGAUCUAAACCGACAAGAACCAAACUAGCUCAUAAAUCGCAUCGAGAUCGUCCGCGAAAGUCAUUGGCUUCGGCAAGAGUUCGGCAUUCCACAAGGCAUGUUGAAGUGGAAGUAGAUUCUUAUAAAGCGCCUGAAUUUGACUUGGCUGACAGGGUCACUGCAACAGGAAAGAAGCCUUUUUAUAGAAAUUCGAGGAAACCAGCUUCUGCGGUGAGCCAUGCAGGAAGUCCAUGUAAGUCGGUCAGUGAAGCUCAUACUACCGGUUCAAGACGACCGACCAUGGGCUUUGCAACUUUGGAUUCACAAUCCAAAUCCAAUGACGUUGUUGGUUCAAAUUUCAGUGGUUGUGGAAUCAGUUAUUGUUGGUCAGGAACACCAAAGUACAGGGGCCGAAAUAUUUAUUCUGAUGAUGAAGAACAGGAAAAACCUUUGCUAUCUGCUGAACAGUCAGAGACGGCUUGUAUAAAUUCUGCACGGUAUCCACAGAGUCCGAGAAGCUUAAGCCAGAAAUUUAGGCCAAAAUCCUUCAAUGAGUUGGUUGGCCUGAAUGUAAUUUCUCAGUCCCUUUUGCAUGCUAUAACAAAAGGAAAGAUAUCUCCAUUGUAUUUAUUUCAUGGACCUCAUGGCAAUGGUAAGACAUCAACCGCAAGGGUUUUCGCAGCUGCUUUGAAUUGCCUAUCCGAUGUGGAACAUAGGCCAUGUGGGUUCUGCCGGGAAUGUGUGUUAUUAUUCUCCGGAAGGAGCAGAAAUAUCAAAGAGCUUGAUGCCGCUAAGAUAAACCAUAAAGAAAGGUUUAAAGCUCUUCAGAAGAAUGCUUCAGUAGUUCCAUGUUCGGCUCGCUUUGAGGUCUUCAUAAUAGAAGAGUGUCAAUCCUUGAGAGAGGAGGCAUGGGCAACCAUUUUUAAAAGCCUUGAUGAAUUACCUGGACGUGCUGUAUAUGUUAUGAUUACCUCUGAUCUGGACACAUUGCCUCACAGUUAUGUGUCAAGGUGCCAAAGGUACCACUUCCCAAAAAUAAAGGAAGUUGAUAUUAUCAACAGGUUGCAAAAGAUAAGCAUAGAAGAGGAAUUGGAGUUUGACAUGGAUGCUCUAGAUUUCAUUGCUACAAAAUCUAAUGGUUCUCUUCGAGAUGCAGAAACGAUGCUUGAUCAGCUUGCAUUGCUUGGAAAGAGAAUCACUGUAUCUCUUGCAAAUGAGCUUAUAGGAGUUGUUUCUGAUGAUGAGUUGCUCAAUUUGCUGGAUUUGGCACUGUCGUCUGACACUGCUAACACAGUUAGAAGAGCUAGAGAGCUUAUGGUAUCGAGGGUUGAUCCUUUGCAGUUAGUAUCACAGCUUGCUAAUGUAAUAAUGGACAUCCUUGCUGGAAGAUCAGGAUUUUCUGAACUAGGUAGAAGUUUCAUACAGAGGCAUGCUGCAGCUGACAUUGGCAUGCAGAAACUGAGGCAUGCCUUGAAAGUUCUUUCUGAAACUGAAAAACAAUUGAGGUCAUCAAAGAAUCAGGCAACAUGGCUCACUGUUGCUCUUUUACAGUUAAGUGCAGUAGAAUCUUCUCCUUUAACAGAAAUCAACAGCUCUCAUGCAUGUACAGAAAUGACCUACUUGAGAGGUAAUUACGUAAGAGAUGAUGGUAUAUUAAGCACAACCAAGGCUUGGGAAGGUAUCAGGAGCUCUGUUUGUUAUACUUGCAGUGAGAACAAGCCAGGUUGUUCGGAUAGAAACUGCAACAGAAAAAAAUUGGAAAGCAUCUGGCAAAAAGUCACACAACGAUGUCAAUCAAAUUCUUUCAGAAGCUUUCUGCAACAAGAGGGUUGCUUAUCAGCUGUUUAUACUCAUGAAGGUGUAGCAGUGGCAGAAGUGGAAUUUUAUCGUCCUGACCAUGUAUCCAGGGCAGCAAAGUCACAGGAACUAAUUGCAUGUGCACUUCAACACGUGCUGGGCUGCAAUGUAGAGAUCAGAAUUAAAUUUGUCCCAAAACCAGUAAGAAAAGUUUCCAAACCAAAGAAGUCACCAUUUAGUUUGUUGAGCUGUUCUGGUAGAAAGCAAGAAAUAUCACUUUCAACAAUGAGUGAUGAUUGUGAGACUGAGACAUCUGCAAGGAUAGAAAGCUCUUUCAAGAUUUAUUCAUCUCAUCAUGCUCAGAAAUUAUCACCUUUCAUUGCACAAUUUGGUGAUAAACCACUUCCAAAAAAUCAUGACAUAAAAGCAACAACUGUUAGGAAAACAGAGGAUAAUGUUCAAGGUGCUGAAUCAGUAGCAACCGAUGGACAAAUUAACUUGCAAAAUGAAAGAAAGGUUGAAACAUACUCUUCAGGAAAACUAGGUGAAGCGAGUGAAUUUAGUAGUGUGCCAGAACCUGAAAUUCAACCUAACUGUUUCCCAAAGAAACUAAAGUUUCAAAGGAAAUUAUUUUCGUCUAAUACUGCUCAUGCGAUCUGCCUGAGAAUACAGCAGCAGAACAAAUCAGAACUAUCUAUUCCUGACAAGGAAGCAUCUGAGUCAUAUUUUUGCAUGUAUGACCCUUAUAUUCUAAAUUCCAGCUCAGCUUCCCAGUUCACCUGCAGUUCCAGAGAAGAGACCAUACCUUGCAAAGAAUCAAGGCUUAGAUCAAAACUGUUCUGUUGGAGGAUGCCCAAGCCCCAAGUCCUUGACUAGAGAGGUGCUUGAUGCUUCUUAACCUACAUCCAGUGAAAUAAAAGAGCAUUGGUAUCAUAGAUGAGAUGUUCUGCUUCAUACAAUAGUUGCAGAAUCUAUCCCAAGAACAUUGAAUGGUCAUCAGCCAGAUGUGGAUCAUUUUUGUCUUCCCAAUUCUACAGUGAUUAUCUACGUACCCUUGUUCUGCUGUCUACCUACAUUCACAAUAAGCAGCAGCACUACAAGCGAAAACCGAGAAAGUCUAAUUUUAUCUGGCAUUAGCUUCUAGUUAGCAGAAAUUAUAUUAUGAUAAAUGUGAUUUCUUUGAUGGCCCAUUUUGUCUCAAUGUUCUGGAGGCAUCAUAAGCUGUGUAAUAUAAUUGAUCUGAGAUAAAUGAACAGCAUCUUAUCUAAAUUGAUCUCUUUGUACAGAGAUGAAAGGUGCAUCCAUCAUUGGAGUUUCUGUUUGCUCAUUGGAUCUCUGUGACCAGUCAAAUGUAUUAGUGCCUUCUGCUAGUAAGACACGAUUACAAACUGUUGUUUAAAGGUCAGGAAAACUUAUCUGGGAAAUCAAUGUGUAUAA